AUGAGCACCUGAAACUCGCGUUUCUCUCUCUCUCUAGAUUUCUCUUCCAAUCAAAUCACUGUGAGCUCUCUCUCUCUCUCUCUCUGUGUACUCUCUUUUAGGGUUUUUCGGCUUUGAUUUUUGUAACCCAGAGAAGCACAAAAAGGAAUGCUUUUUAUACAUGCAGAGAAAUGAAGAAACAACCAAUGUACGGCCAUAUCUGCGCGAUCUGAGGGCUUUGGCAUUGGAGUUUUGGAAAUGUUGAGAUCUAAACUAACAUGAGCCAGGCUGAAGUAUCAAGGAUGAAACCACCUCUUGUUCCACUUGCGACAUUGAUUGGUCGUGAGCUGAGGAAUGAGAAAGUUGAGAAGCCUUUUCUGAAGUUUGGACAGGCUGCUUUGGCUAAAAAAGGAGAAGACUACUUUCUGGUUAAACCUGAUUGUCAGAGGGUUCCUGGGAAUCCAGCGACAUCUUUUUCAGUAUUUGCGAUUUUUGAUGGACAUAAUGGUAUAUCAGCUGCCAUUUUUGCAAAGGAGAAUUUAUUGAGUAAUGUCUUGAGUGCAAUUCCGCAAGGCAUCAGUAGGGAGGAGUGGCUUCAAGCCCUUCCUCGGGCUCUGGUUGCAGGUUUUGUGAAAACAGACAUUGAAUUUCAGCAGAGAGGGGAAACUUCUGGGACAACAGUGACAUUUGUUGUAAUAGAUGGAUGGACUGUCACUGUUGCAUCUGUUGGUGAUUCUCGAUGUAUAUUGGACACCCAAGGCGGUGUAGUUUCUCUCCUGACGGUGGAUCACAGGCUAGAAGAGAAUGCAGAAGAGAGGGAGCGUGUCACUGCCAGUGGGGGUGAAGUAGGAAGACUUAAUGUUUUCGGGGGCAAUGAGGUUGGUCCCCUCCGUUGCUGGCCUGGUGGAUUAUGCCUGUCUAGGUCUAUUGGGGACACAGAUGUUGGAGAGUUUAUUGUCCCAAUACCGCAUGUUAAGCAAGUGAAGUUGUCCAAUGCUGGAGGACGACUUAUUAUUGCUUCAGAUGGUAUUUGGGAUGCUUUGUCUUCAGAUAUGGCUGCCAAGUCAUGUCGGGGUUUACCUGCAGACCUUGCAGCAAAGCUGGUUGUUAAGGAAGCUUUGAGGUCAAGGGGCCUGAAGGAUGAUACAACCUGCCUGGUUGUUGAUAUUAUUCCUUGUGACCAACCUGUCCUACCUCCAACACCAAGGAAGAAGCAGAAUGUGUUCAGUUCUCUUCUUUUUGGGAAGAGAUCUCAAAAUUCUACAAAUAAGACUACAAAUAAACUUUCUGUUGUUGGAGUGGUUGAGGAGCUAUUUGAAGAGGGCUCUGCCAUGCUUGCUGAAAGGUUGGGGAAGGAUUUUCCCAUGAAUACAAACUCUGGAAUCUUCAAAUGUGCAGUCUGUCAAGUUGAUCAACCCCAAGCAGAGGGUUUAACUGUGAACUCUGGGCCUUUUUUCUCACCUGCUUCGAAGCCCUGGGAAGGACCCUUUCUCUGCACAAACUGUCGGAAAAAGAAAGAUGCCAUGGAAGGAAAAAGGCCAAGCAGAACCACAGUGACCACAUAACAUCUUUUCUGGUAACAAAGUAAAUAUGAUGUAUUUUUUUCCUGGCAGUGCGAACAUGCUUGGUUUCCCAUUACCUGGUGGUGAUUGCAAUAGAUGCGUGUAAGAAUCGAGGUAGAGAUAGAGUAGGCGUUUUGCCAUAUUGUUUGUGAGUUUACGUUUGUGCGCUCGGCUGUUUUACUGACCAACUCGGGACAAGGAUGCUAUCUGAUAGAUAUUUGUGAUAGUUUGAUUGCUAACCGCUUGAAUUUGUAAUUAAAACUGAAGAUUGCAUAGUAAUAUAUUUAUUCCCGCUGCCUUUCUCCAUUAGCAAGGGCAUCUUCACAA